GUUGCCCAGUGAUUCUUUUACGUUGUGUCUUCGAUGGAAGAAAGUGAUUCUAGUGCGACGGAAGUGGCACCUCAGAGCAAUGGAUCGUCCGAGAUGGCCGAGCCGUCCGAGCCGGCCGCAGUGGCAACAGGCACGUCGUCCAGUGUUAACGGUGGGUCCGUAAGGCCACCGACAGCCUCCGGAAUUCAGCCACCGAAGGUGCGCGCGAUCGCAAAACCAUCCGGUAUUAAGCCUCCAUCGGCCAACUUUGGCGGUUCCACUACGUCGCUGGCCAGCACCAGUUCGCAACUGACGACUGCAUCCGCCGCCACCGGCACCGGAACGGCCACGGUGCCUUCUUCCGGCACGCGAAUCGGUCGGCUGUGUCUGGCACACGGAACACCGAAGGCCGGCCCACCACCGCCGGACCCGAAAUUAGUGCCUUCACUCGAGAGCAAAAUGCGACGCCCGAGUGACAGCGAUUACAGCAAGUCACAUCUUCCAGAUGUGGACGAAGAAAGCGAAACCGAUGUUCUGACGUUCGAGCGUCCCAUGUCGGCGCGAUCGUCCCGAUCACCCGAUUCCGGUUUCAAGAGCAGUCGCUCGGACCGUAAAACUUCCAGCGCCUCCACCGGUUCCGACGGAUACUGGGAGGCAACCGGAAGACGUCGAAGUUCAGACCAGGGAGCCGUUCUGACGAGCGAUACGGACAGUUUCAUCAUCGGGCAGCGCGUCUGGGUCGGCGGGAUCCGCCAGGGACAGAUUGUCUACAUCGGCGAUACGCACUUUGCGCCGGGCGAAUGGGCCGGCGUGGUGCUGGACGAGCCGAACGGCAAGAACGAUGGGUCGGUGGCCGGCAAACGCUACUUCCAGUGCGAGCCGAGGAAGGGCGUCUUCUCGCGGUUGACGCGCCUCACCCGGGAGCAGCUGGGCGGUGGUGGUGGUGGCGGCGGCGCUGACUCGACCGCCAGCACGCCGCUCGAUGCGAGCUUCCGCUCGCUGACGUCACCGGCUCGCUCCGGAACCGUUUCGCCGACCCACAGCGUGCAGAGCUACGCCAGCAAGUCACCGGCCGUCGCUGGAAAGGCAGCAUCACUGAACGUGGGCGACCGCGUGAUCGUGUCGUCCGGGUUCGGGUCCCGGCCGGGAAUGCUGAAGUACCUCGGCGAGACCAAGUUCGCCAGCGGUACCUGGUGUGGCGUCCAGCUGGAUGAUGCAAGCGGAAAGAACGACGGUACCGUCGACGGUGUCAGGUACUUCGAGUGUCCGGCCAAGUGCGGAAUCUUCGUGCCGAUCGCCAAGGUUACCCUGUCACCGUCCGCCCGCAAGACGUCCGCCCGGCUGUCGCGCUCCAACUCGAAGGAAUCACUCAACUCGCUGGCCACCAUGAGCUCGAUUGCGACCACGGCCACGUCCCGGCUUCGCAUGAGCGCACAGAGGAAAUCAUCGGCCGCUGCUACCGCCGUACCGUCGACGCCGAAGGCUUCCUUUUCGCUUCAGGAUGUACUGCGGGAGAAGCAGAACCACAUCGAGCAGCUCAUGCAGGAGCGGGAAAUCGAUCGCGAGGAGAGCGCCAAUCAGAGCAUAAUGUACCAGAAAAACAUUCAACAGCUGAAGGAAAAGGUGGCCACCAUGGAGAAGCAACUGUCCGACGAAAAGCGCCGCAACGAGGAUCUGCAGUUCAGCGUGGACGAAGCUACAAUCUUCGGCGAGGACCACCAUACAAAAAUUCAAAAUUCCACAUAUGCUAAAACGGACCUUUUCCAGAAACGUGUUGUUGAGUUGGAAGCUCAAUUGGCCGGCGGUGCAGGUUCCGAAAAGGAGAGCAGCGCUGCCUCGCCAUCCGGGAUGCCUCCGGAAGAUGCCAGUGUCGUGAGAGCGCAGCUGAAUGCCGACAUCGACAAACUGAAGACGGACCUGUUGGCCAAAGACCAGAAGCUGAAUCUCACCGAGAAACUGAAGCGUUCGCUCGAGGAUGAGAUCCAGAAUCUGCACGAAAAGGUUGCCGAAACGGAGCGCUCGGCGGCCAGAAAGCUGUCGGCGGUCACCAUCAGCGAGGAGUGUCUCAAGGAACAGGUAAACUACCUCGAGCACCGGGUGGACGAGCAAAGCGAUCAGCUGACGGCGAAGGAUGCCGAGCUCGAGAAGCAGUACCUGGCGCUUAAGAACGUCGAGGGUGAACUGGACGAACGGGUCACUGCCCUGCAGGCGGAACUACGGUCCCGCGAGGAGAUGCUCGAGGCGCGCGACAAGAACCUCCAAAAGCUGGACGCCGAGAUGGAAGCGCUAAGGAACGAUUUGCGCCAACGUGACCUAAAGAUGGCCGAGGGCGAAAGUGGCAUAAAGGGUGUGCUUCAAGAGAAGGACAGUACGAUCGGAUCGCUGAAGGAGCAGCUACAAGCCGCAGAGCAAAGCCUAGCAGCUGAAGGUGGCCAGCGAACCCGACUCGAACAAGAGCUACAGACAAUCACACAACGAACUGCCGAGUUGGAAGUUGAUCGGGAGACAAAAACGAAAGCACUUGAAGUACUCGAAGUCAAACUGGCCGCCAACGAACAGUCCCUCCAGGUGGAAGUGUCCGGCCGCCAGGAGAAAGAAUCACUGGUGUGCCAGUUGGAAAACCAACUGAAGGAUCUAGGAAAGGCAGACGAAGUAAAGGCCAGCCUUUUGGGGGUGAAAGAAGAAGCUCUUGCCAACGCAACCAACCAGCUAACAGUAUUAGAAGCAGCCAAAAGUAAGCUCGAAACAGAGUUAAACACCCUUCGGCAGUCGUUCGAUGGAACUUGCGCGGAAAAAGAUGCUAAAUUGGGAGAACUUCAGACCAGCGUCGAUGCUGAUCAGGAGGCACUCGAAACGGCGCGAAAACAGCUCCACAUGGCCGAACAGGAAAAUCUUGCCAAAGACAAGCAACUGGAAGAAGAAGAGGUGCUCGUGGCGGCACUACAGAAGGAGCUGAAGGAACUGAGCGCAAGCAAUGCAAACCUCAGCCAGGAACUGACCACCACGAGAAGCUCCUUUGCCGACAAGGACGGCACACUGGCCAAGCUACUGGAGGAGAAAAAUGCCCUGGAACUCCAAUUGCAGCGUAACAACGAAGCAUCUGCGGAGAACUUAAAGCGAUUGGAGGCAGAGUUCGCCCAACGGGAGCUAUCGUGGCGGGAAGAAACGGAACAGCGGAACGCGGCCGUGCAGCAGGAACUUUCCGGGCGCGAUGCCAAACUGGCGGAAGUCACACUGGCGGACGAGCAGCACCAAAAGCAGCUUGAAGCUGCGCGACAGUCACUGGCCCAGCUCGAGGAGAAAGUUCAGCAAACCGAAGCCGCACUGGCGGCGAAGAACGAGCAAGCCCAGAGCCUCGAGCAGCAGCUGGCUGGCCUGCGGGCAGAGCUGGCUGGCAAUGAGGAACAGGCAGGCAAGCUGAACGUGUCACUCACCGAAGGAACCGCCCGGUUGGAGGCCAACGAAAAGAAGCUCUCCGAGGUGCAGGAACAGUACGGCCGGCUUGAGAUCGAGCAUGCCGACUUGCGGCGCAAAAUGGAAGCGCUCGAGCAAAAGUCGGCCACAGUGCAGGCGCAAAAGGUGGACCUGGAACGCGAACUGGACACGCUCCGUUCCACCACGCUCGACUCGAACUCUGAGCUGGCGAAGGUGACCGAGGAGCUCAAGGGCAGACAGCGGGCCCUGGAGCAGCUGCAGGAUGGCUACAACACGCUCAAGAUCGACAGCGAGCGGAGGGCGGACGAGAGUGCCCAAUGUACUGCGGCGCUACAGGAUCAGGUAGAACGGUUGCGCCACGAAAUGCAACAAAUCACCGACCAAAAGAUCGUCCAGGAGAACGAACUCAACACGGAGUUGCGCAAAAUCAAGGAGCUAGCCGAGCAAGAGAAGGACAAUCUGGUGCGAGAAAUCGCAGCCCUUCGGGCAAGCUUCGACGAGGAACGGCAACGUCUGUCGAACCAGCUGGUGGAACAGGUGGCAAAGGAAACAUCGCUCAGCGCUCAGCUUACCGCUGCAACGGAACAACAGAAGCAAACUAUCGCUCAGCACACGGCCGAACUGGAAAGAUUGCGGGCGGAAUGGGCCCAGGAGCGCGGGACCUAUGACACGAAAGCCAAAGAAGCGACCGAACGCGAAGAGCGCCUAUCGAAACAACUGGAAGCAUCGCGAACGGAAGCAAAGGGUUUGACGGAAGCGCUCCAAACAUUGCGCCAGUCCACCGAGCAAGGAUCGGCCAAGUUGUCGGAAGCGCUCGAGCAGAAAGCGCAAAACGUAACCCGGCUGGAGAAGGAACUCGCGCAACAACAGGUACUGCUGGAGCAGCGUUCCCAAGAUGUUGGCGAAAUGAUCGAAAAGCUAGAUGCCGGAGCCACGAAGCAGGCGGAGCUGUUGCAACAGUUGGCCGCCUGUCAGGAGGAGAUCCAGGUGCUCGGCAAAGCGAAAGCGGAUUCGGAGAAAGCAUGCCAAGAAACGCGCAAACAACUGGCGGACCUGAACAGCUCGUACGGCGAAAUGGAGGAUGAGCAGGUGGACCUGGUGAGUCGCGAGGAGGCGCUCAAAAAAGAACUGACUCAGCUGGAGGACCGACUACAGACCACUGCCAACGAACACUUGAGUCAGCUGGGGAUUCUGAACGAAAGAAACAAUGAUCUGUUGAAGCUUGUGGAUACGACCACGACCGCCAAGGCAUCCGUAGAGGCUGAGGUGGUUUCGUUGAAGACUCAGCUAGACGCGCAAUCAUCCGCGAGCGAGGCGCUCGCAGCGAAAGUAGACGAACUGAGCCCACUGAUAGAAUCGAGCGCAGCUCUGUCGCAAACGGUGCAUUCUCUGCAGCAGACGCUACUGGCCAAAGACUCCACUGUACAGGAGCUCGCGAAAGCGUUGGAAGAGUCCAAGCAACAAACCACUCUCCGGGAGGAAACGCUCGGCAAAGUGGAGCGCGAACUAGAAAAGCUACGCCAGGAUGUAGCUGGCAAGGACCGAAAUCGGGACGAUCUGCAAUCCAAACUCGAUGCAUCGGAACGGAUGCUAACGGAGCAGUCUGAGCGGGAGAAGCGAGCCUCAGAGGAGAUGGCCGAGUUGAGGCGCACCUUGGAGCAGGGUCGCAACACCGCCCGUGAGCAGGAAGAUAGGGUGAAGGAGCAGCAGCGUCGCAUCAGCGAACUGGAAACGAAACUGGCCGCCCAAUCGACACAAUUCGACGAGCUGCUCGAUCGGAAGAAGUGCUCCGAGACCGAACACUCGGCCCGUCUGCACGAGCUGACCCAGAAGCUGCUCGAGAUGGAAAAUGGCAAGCGGUCCGAAAUUCAGGAGCUGGAGCAACGGUUGGCCACGCUCGUAGAGCGAGCGGAGGCACAAGCCGCCGACACGGUCCAGACCGUCAGCAACCACCAGCGGGCGGCCGAUCGGCGCCAGCAGGAGCUCGAGUGUGCCAAAAAGGAUCUGGAACUACGCGAAACCGAGCUACAGCUUGCGAACCGGCGCCUGGAGAAGGACAACGAACGGAUGCGCGCGGAGCUGCUCGCCAGGGAGAGCGAAGUGGCAAAGCUAUCGAAAGCGGCCAGCUCGGCAGCGGGUGCCGCAACGACGAUGAUCCCGGCGAUGGCCGGAGGUGGUGACGCAAACAACGAGACCGGAGCACAGAUCGACUUUCUCAACUCGAUCAUCGUCGAUAUGCAGCGGAAAAAUGAGAAACUCAAGCUACGCGUCCAGGCCCUGGAAUCGACCGGUCUCGACAGCCAAAACAUGAGCUUCGAAAUCCAGAAACGGAAACCGGCGCCACGUGUCUUCUGCGAUAUUUGCGAUGAGUUCGAUCUGCACGAAACCGAAGACUGCCCGAAGCAGUGCUCCGACAGUCCGCCGGAAUCGCUGAAACAUGCGGGCGAUGAGAAGGAACGCAAACUGCCACCACCUCGGAAGUACUGCGAAAGUUGCGAAGUUUUCGGUCACGAGAUUGGAGAAUGCCCGGACGACGAGACCUACUAAGAGCCGAACCGGAUGGAAGCCGAACUCACUUUCUACUCAUUAGACGGGUGUUUUAAUCGUUUCGUUUGAAGCGUAGAGCAAGUUUUGCAUGCUAGACUUAGUUUAUGCUUUUCCUAAUUUUAUUUUCGUUUAUUAAAUGUGAGAGCGAAGGGAUGCGCUGUUUGUUUGCGAAUAAGGAAAAAGUAAAUUAUUUAUCUGUGAAUAUAGUUCCAGGUGCAGCAGCGCUACAUUGGUUUCCGUUUCUAGAGAUCAUUGUUAGAACAGGGAAGAAAAGCAAAAGGACGCGCAGUCAGGAUUUCAGAUGAUAGAUCAAUUGUUGUUAAUUCUGUUCCUUCGAGCGUUUCGGAAAUGUCAUUUGAAGAGGAAAAGGCAAAUUUUAGAACUAGUUAGAAUAAUUCAAUAUUUAUACGGAAGAAAACAAUAUAUAGGUCAC